AGAAUGAAUGUCUUCAUACAAGUGCCCUCCAAUGACCUAAUCCCGCCGCCAAGGUAAAUUACAUCCGUGAGGUGCUGAGGAAACCUGCGGCAAUUGUUUUUCAACCCGAGAAGUCUGUCUCUUGUUGGCGCCCUGUCUUUUCGGUUAUGAUGGAGACGACGGACGGGACCAACGACAUCGUGCACCCCGAAGUUCGGGCUCAUAUCAACAGCCUCGUCUCUGCGCUCGGUGGUUUCAGUGCAGAUGACGACGGACGAUACAAGCUGGGAGACGAUGCGCUCGACGUGCUCCGAGACCUGAAGAAAUGGAUCCGAUUCUACGACGAGAAAACCAACCGCAUGGAUGUGGCUCGGUGCAUUGCCGAGGCCAACCUUGUGGAAGGUGAUCUGCUGCACAUUUUGGCCAUGUGGCCCGAAAAUGCCACCGAGAACAAGUUCAGAGCUCGCAUGGCCCUUGCCUGCUUGGAGAUCAUGGUACCGCUCACCUGGCCCUUGGAUCGAGACCCGGAGAAGAUGACAGUCAACCAUCACCGCCAUAUUCCGAUGUUGGAGCUCGCCCAGGUUGCUUAUAAGCGGGCUAUAAUCAACUUUGACGGCGCCCGCAUCCUGCAUACCGCCGUCCGCGCCGCUCUCCCCGCCAUGGCAGUACCCAUUGGCGACCGCAGUCAGCGCGACCAAGGCAUCAUCAAGCUGAUGCUUUUCUUUCUGCGGAACGUUGUCAUGCUCGAACCCCCGGCCAACAUCAAAUACGAUGGCGACGAAUCACAAAUCUCGCGUUCGGCCACCAUUGACGCCUUUUCGUACCAGGACAUCUUCAUGGUGCUUCUAACCCUCGCCUCCAACAUGGGCGAGGAUUUUCGAACAGAGGACGUUAUUGCCAUGGAGAUUAUAUACCAUCUAGUCAAGAGAGUCGACAUGGAGCAGAUGUUCAUGAGCGAGCAGCAGCUCAACAAAAGCAAGGCCAAGGAGCUAUCCUCCAUGAUGGGCAAAGAAGCAGCCAUGCUGAAGGCCUACAACCGCAAAGGCCCGACUCGCCACAACCGUUUCGGGACCAUGGUCUGGAUGCAGCGCGAGGGCGGAAAGAUGUCUUCCAUAUCGGGUCAGGAUGCCCUUGUGGACCUCGCCACCAGACAGCAGAAGAUUGACGACUCCAAGACAUUCCGGCCGCCCCGGCGACCCAGGAAGAAGGAUGAGAUGGAGCCCAAGGACCUCGGCCGAGAGCCCAAGCUGAACCACAGGGCCAACACGCAGUUGAGGUCCUUCGUCGAGGAUUUUCUGGACGCGGGCUUCAAUCCCCUCUUCGAACACGUAAGGAAAUCCAUCGACCGGGAGGCCUCGCAUGUCCUUUCUCAUCACAAGAGGCAGUUCAUGUAUCUCGUCGCCUGGUUUCUGGAAGCGGAGAGGGUCCGGAGGAGCGCAAAGCAGGCCGCGAAGCCCCGAAACUCGUCUGACGACGUGAGCAGCUUCAACCUCGUCGCUGGCGUUCUGAACCAGUCCAUGUUCAUCACCCUCAACCGAACCAUGACGCAGGCGUGGGAACAUAAAGAUUGGCCGGAACUAACAGCUUCGAUGCGUUGCUUUACCCAGAUUCUACUGACGGUACAAGAGAUGUCGGAGUCGCCCAACGAGGAGGACCAAGAGAUCGCCGAGAACAUGCUCAGCCGGCUCUUCUACGAAGACGCGACGCACGAUCUGGUGGCCAACGUGGUGAGGCAGUACAAGGGCCAGGGGUUUGACUACCUCGACGCGGCGACCGAGCUGACGCACCACUUCGUGCGCAUCUUGGAAGGGUACUCGAAGCAGAACGUCGACUUGCAGGUUCGCUCGCGGAGGAGGACGCGCCGGAAGAAGAAAGUGGCCAAGGCCACUGCGCCCGAUGCAGGAGACGGAGGCAACGAUGCGCUCGACGGCGAGGAUGACGAUGAGUCGGCCAACGACGAAUCCCGGGCGGAGCAGACGUCAAAGGAACGCAAAUUCGAUUUCCAGCGCUUCAGCAUGCGGUUCACCCCCCAGGGCGUCGUCGACGCCUUCGUCGCGUUUACGAAAUACUACAAGGAUCUGAAUGACGGCCAACUAAAGAGGGCGCAUCGCUACUUUUAUCGAUUGGCAUUCAAGCAGGAGAUGAGCGUUAUGCUCUUCCGCGUCGACAUUAUCCACCUGUUUCACGGCAUGAUCAAGGGCCCCGAACCACUCGACAAGGGGUCGAAAAUGUACAAGGAGUGGGAGGAACUGGCGAAGCAGAUGAUUAGAAAAUGCAUUCGAAAGAUCCAGGAGCGGCCGGCUCUUCUGAUUGAGAUGCUCUUCUCCAAGACGAACGGUACCGCGUUCUAUCUCGAGUAUGGGCACGAGAAACAGACUGUCUCCGCGACGAAGCCCCGACCGGCUACAGAGCUCGAAUUCAAAUACACCGAAGAUCGGGAACAGCAGAUCGCUAUUGCCGUGGGCGUGCUGCUCGACAAGAACCAGUCAGAUCAUAUCGCAUGGGUAAAGAAGACCUUGGCCGAUGCGGAGCAGGAUCGCCGGGCCUCCGCCAUUGCAGACCAAGUUCUUCCUUCGGUUGAGAUGGAGGUCGCAGCGGAUGGGACUGGACCUUCAGCUGAGGAGACCGCCUCUACGAGCAACGCCGCUGGUCUUCUUCCGUUUACUGUUCGUCCCGACAAUGACGCUCGCCGAACGGCCAUGUUCAAGAACCCUCAUCUGCGCCUCUUGAUGAGGCUCGUCGGCAUGCAGAGGCUCACUCCCAACGUGGAAGAAACGCCGGAAACAUUAUGGGUACUCCCCCCCGAUGUCACAGCAGACGACAUGAAAGAGACACUCGGCUUGAUCGGCAAGGCCGAGUUCAGCCCACCCGUCUUCGAAGAAGGAGUCCUAGCCGAACACCAGCUCCGUCGGAAAACAGCGCCCCGCCGAAAAGCCGAGUACGACGACGACGACGACGACGACGACGAUGCGGACGACGAAGACGACGACAUUGGCAACGAAUUCCUCUUCCCCGCGGGCGGACCCACGGAGCGCAAAGUCGCCGACGCGGACAAAGGCAAGAAAAAGCCCAAGCUUAGGCGGCGCCGACGGAGGGGGGAGGACAACGGCGACGACAACAACAACAACGACGACGCGCACGACUCGGAGCUCGAGGAGAAGGCCAGGAAGAGGCGGGAGCGCGAGCGCGAAAAGGCCCGCAAGAUCAAGAGCCAGCUGUACGUGACGGCGAGCGACGACGAGACGGACGAGGAGCGCGACCGCGAGUUCUUCGCUCGGGAAGAGGAGCUAAGGCGGCGCAUGGCCAAGAAUGCGUCGAGCGAUGCCGCGUCCGGCGUGGUCGUGUCGUCGCAGGCGCCUCCCUCCAGGAAGAGGAAGCGGCCCCAGCUCAUGGCCAUCGGGGAGGACGAUGACGACCUUGUGGUUGAUGCGCACGCGACUGGGUCCAGCAGGGCUAGUCUUGGGGCCGAUGGCGCUGGUGAUAGCGACCAGAACGUGGCGUCGGAUGGGACGGCGGACACGGCUUUGUCGUCCAGUUCGGGACGGAGUGCCAGGAAACGGAGGAGAGUGUCGCCGGGUCCAGAGACGGAGGGGGUGGAAGAGCUGGGGAAGGAGGUCGGUGGUGUUGUUCCUAUGCAGAUCGACGGGGAGGACGUGGAAGACGAGGGAGACGAGGGAGACGAGGAAGACGAGGAAGAGGUUGUUCGGGCACCGGCUUCGCGGGCGAGGCCGCGCAAACUGGGAGGAUUCUUAAUCGAUAGUAGCGAUGAGGAAUAGGUCUCGGUUGGUUCUAAGAUUCUCUUCACAUCAUGGCGGUGGUGGUGUCUUGGCGUUCGGACAUGGAGGUCAAACAGGUAUGGUCGGACAGGUUAUUUGGCUUAAGGGAUUGCCAAGCAUAUCUACUCAUAUACUCAUACUACGAGUAAGCAAAAGUAAUGAAUUAUGAGC